UCUCUUCUCUAGUAUAUGCAAGUUUAGUGAGAAAUGUUAUAAAAAUAUAUUAAAUAACAACAAAAGUUGAUAUAACAUAAAAGUGAAGUUUAAAAAUUACAAAAAUUCAUUGUGAGCUUCAACAUACGAAAUAAAACAAAGUCUUUAAAAGUUUAAUUCAAACAAUUGGGGCAGACUUGUCUCCCCCUUAUAAAAAUUGUUCAUCUGAGCUUACAGAUUGAUUGUGCAUAACAAAAACUUACAAAGAUGGCCUUAACCGUUGUAAAAUAUCGCAAAUCUGCUGCAGGUGGAACUACAAAUACCCCAGCCAUAUUGAUGAAAAGUAAAAUACAAUCCCAAACACCAAGUACACACAAUAAACAGCACCAAUCCUCGACAGUGGAUAUUAACAAGAAGUCUCUAAUUAAAAUAGGAGGUGGCUCUGGCUUGGUCAUCAAUAAAAUUCCGGCGGUAAUCAAACCAGCAAUGAAACGUGCAAGUACAGUAUCGGGAGAUAUUGUUAGUAAACAUCCCAAAUAUUCUUUACAAACAGUAGCAUCGGCUGGAACUCCGCUCACUAGCUUUCAAUGGCAGCAAACUAUAGGUGGCUCUUCAACCACGAAGAAACAGCUUGGUGCUGCCAUCAGUUCACUACCACCCAAUACUAUUAUAAAGGCCACAACAGCUAGCAGUUUACAAAACUCCAAUGGUACUGGCUCUUUGCUCAAUCAAAGUAUAUCUUCAUCUGCUGUCGUCUCACCCGUGGCAUCAAUGCAAGUUCGAAGGCCAACACUUAUAAUUAAACGCGAUGUACCCGAACGCACAAUACGUACCAUAACCCUGGAGAUGAUUGAAAAGAAUCCAAGUACUCAUUUGGGUAUUCCAUCUUCGCGCUUGCCCUUGCUCAAAAAUGUUAUUUGUUCCACAGCCAAUGUAUCAUUGGUUGAUUGUUAUUUGACUUUAAAGAAACUGAAACAAAAUGAAGAUUUCUCUUCGAUGGCCGAUUACUUUGAGAUGUCUGAGGGUGAUGCACAACAUGCUUUUGCCCGAACGAUUGUUAAAUUGGCUAGAUACCUGAGAUUUCUCAUCAAUUGGCCAGACAGUAAGAAAUACUAUGAUCGUCAUAAAGGACUGCCAUUUGCCUUCAGACAGAAUUUAUUUCAUGUACAAUCCAUGAUAGAAUGUGUCGAGGUGGAUAUGACACCAAGUCCUUUGCAGAUUGACUGUGCGUGCUUUAAGUUCAUAUUGAGCAUUAAUACAAAUGGUAUUAUAUCCCAUAUUUCGGAUGCAUACAUGGGCCAUCAUGAUGAUUUGACCAUAUUCAAAGUAUCCAAUUUUAAGGAAGUCAUACCAAAAUAUUUAUCCUUGGUCGUAGAUCCAGGCAAAGCAGUAAGGCGAAAACGUAGACCCAAAUCAAUAAGACCCCAACAGCCGAAACUACAAUCCAUAAAGUCAUCGACCUUAAACAACAACGGGGAGACAGAUUCAACAACAGAUUCCGCUGAUGAAUCAGCCGACGAUCUAAUACAACACGAUGGACCACCCCAAGAGGGUCGCCUAAGUAAAUUUAUUGCAUCACGUAUGGCUGGAGAGCUGGCCUCCAAUCAAAGUCUAACGGUUGUAAAUAGUGAGCUCACCUCCCGUCGUCUGAAAAACUACAGUGUACCCACAAUGCGCGUUCGUGAGUCGGUGUGCCGCACACAAAUGCGCAGCAUGGUUGAUAGUCUGCAAGAAUUUAGAAUCUUAAAUCCAUUGGCCAUCAAAGAGCCCUUAGUAUAUCAAUAUCUCAACGAGGUACUGAUAGUAUGUGCUGCCUUAAUAAAUUUACAAAGAUAGAAUUCAGUGCGUAGGGCUACAUUUCAUAUCAUUUAGUUUCUGUUUUUCUUUUGUUCUUUGACUCAGGUUCUUUCAUUGCUUUCCUCUUAACUUCCAAGUUUAUAAAAAAAAAAUAUUCUUCUAUUUAUCACAAAUUGUUAAUAUUUUAAACUACAUUAAAUAGGUUUUAUCAACAUGAUUUAAUAAACAAUUAUUUUCAACUAAAAAUUAAAUUUUGUAACAUAUAUAAAUAUAUUUUACGUAUAUAAUAGUUUAACCAAAUUUUUAAUAUUAAUUUCCCAAAAUUACUAUAUAAGUCAUAUGGAUAUACACCAGUACAUAUAACUUAAUAUUUCACAAAAAGAAAGAAAACAAAAAAGUCAUGCGAAAGCUGUUGAAUUUUAUUUGUUCUCUUUGAAUUGAACAAUAAAUAAAGGUAUUUUAAGUUAAACGA